AUGUCUGGUAUUAAAAUCAGUGAUGAAGUGGUUGAUUAUUACAAUAAUCACUUCAAACAAAAAAAGAAAGUUAUGUACUUCCUCUGCGCACUUAAUCCUGGGGGAACCGAAAUUGUGCUGAAGGAUGACGCGGACAAGAGAGAAGAAGUGGGAGCAUAUCAGGAUAAAACACCUGAAGAGUCAAAGAAAAAUUUUGACACCAUGAAGGAUAAGUUGAAGACUGACGAUCCUUGUUUUAUCGUGUUUGACUUCUGGUUUAAGAAAGGAGAAAGAGUUGAGAACAAAAUGGGUGUGAUUUCUUGGUAAGUUAAUGCCACGGGAAUUUGUUCAUGUUUUCUUUCUUACAUUAUGAAUCAAUGACUUUGUAAUGCACCUAUCAAUGUAAAUCCUGUGGGGAGGGCGGGCAAGGGGUGGGGAUUUGACAAAUUUUAAAAUUUUUUGAUCAAAUUCCCCAGGGUGGGAAACGAAAGGUCAAUCAAAAGUGUCAAAAAAGCCCCCACCCCAGGGGAAAAAGUCUAAACAAACAAUACUAUAAUACUGUAUAAAACGAAUUAAAAGAACAUUUCAAAAGUACGUCCUUACUAAACGUAAGCUCCGUUAAAUUACUCGCUGUAAUUAAGUAUUUUCUCUCUCCACUAGCAUCUCUUAUUUUAUCUCUUAUGUUCCAAGUAGGAUAUUUCUCAGAUAGUCUUUUGCCGUGAGAUUAUCAUCAAAUUAUCCAUGCUUGGUUGUCCAGAAGUAAGAGGAGUAAAUCUCGGAAAUAUUUUUGACAGCAUUGUAUUUCUGUCAGGUGAUAAAGUAUACACCAUUAUCUCUGUGGUAACGAAUUAACAAUCUGGUGCAUGCACAACGAGAACCACAGAUGGUUUGCUGCAGAGGUUUCUCUCGGGGGUAAACAAACUAAUUAUGCGACUGACAAGCGACGUGAACAACUUCAUAUAUUACAUUAUUUGUCAACUUCCAGGCGCGAUCAUGGUUCUGAUGUUCCUGUCAAUCAUCUCUCUGGUCUUGUGAGUCUUCACAUGCAAUGUCACAAAAGAUAAAAAGUCUUAGGAAGUCUUAGGGAAAUCUUCUUCAACCAAACCAGAAGAAAAUAAAUAGCUCUUCUUCUUUAUGUUUUGCAGUCUACUGUCGUCACGCAACACUCUUCCUGAGGGAGUGUGGGGAGGUGUGCAGCGCAUUAUAAAAAAGACGUUGGAGUGACGAUGUGUCCUGCGUUGACCUUUUGCUAUCUUUUCUAUCAUCGCGCAAAAAAAAGGCAUUGAACAAUGUUGGAAAAUCAUUCUUCAUUAUUUGACAACAUUGCAUGCAUUCAUGGGAAAUGUUGCAAAUGCAUUACCAAUCAUUGAGAAAUGUGCAAUGCAUUUUAAAGCAUUCAAAUGUGUUUAACAAUGCAUAACAAAUGUAUGGUGCUGUACGAAUAUUCACAUAAGGAUAUGGCAAAUGUAGCACCAUUCUACCAUUUUCAUUUUACUCUUCCGCAGUAGUCACAUGCGCUUCUCAAACACCUAUUUUUUGGCAUAAGGGAAGGAUUUGAUUAGCACCCUUCACCGAUUUUUCAGGAAUGACUUUCAUUUAUCAGGAAUAGAAUGCAUCCUUGCAGUCAAAAUUCCACUUUCAGAUAAAAAAUAUUGACAUUUUCCAACAAAGAAGACCCAUUAAAAGCAGCAAAUGUUACACAUUGUGAACCAAAGUUCAAAUUUCCCACCCGCGAUUUACGAAAGAAUUAAUGAAAAUAAUAAUAAAAAGUUUAUUUCACUUUCUUGCAGUUAAAAAAUACUGAAUGAACAACUGAUAUGUAUACAAUCUAAAAAAUACAACAUAACUAUGCUAUGAGUAUACAAUUGUACUAGUUAGUUUAAGAAUAUCUAAAUGUAAAAAAUUUGUCGGCUCUCUUAGUUCUUCUUAAUUUGUUUAUUGUUCUUUCACUACCAGAUCUUAAAUUAUAAGAGGCAGUUCUUGUUUCAGAUUUGGGAGUGAGGAAUGAUAUGGGGUUAUUGUGAUUGCUAGCCAUAUCAAAGACAAAUCGCUGACAUAGGGAAACCCUUCUGUUUGCUAGAGAUAGUCGUUUGUGUCAGUUAGCGGCUGUCGGCUUCAGUCUGUUUUGCUAGUGACCAAGAGAAUUUUUCCUCAUUUUCAGGAGUAUUUCUCAUUCAGAAACAGCACACUUGCUUUUAAGAAUUAUUCUCUAGAGCUUUAUAUAGCAGCAGAACAUUUUUUUCAUGUUGAACAAUACUUUCAAUGAAUGGUUUGUUGAGCAAACACAAAUUAGAUCAGAUGCUUCAAGCUGCCAAACAGUCACCCACUUUGUACUUGAACAUUCAUCUAAGACCCUUCAAACUCUGAAUGAUUAAUGGCGAAACCUGUCAUGUUUCAACCCAAUUAGAACAUCCUGGAUGGACUCCCCAUGAGGGUAGCUGAUAAAUGCAUCAUGCCCAUCAGGCCAUGCUUCACGGGGGCCCAAGUAGUUAAUGGUAGUAAACAGUUUAAUCUUAACUUUUCUAAGAAGUGUUAUUGAUUUUCGAAGGGUGAAGUAGUCAUUUUUGUCCUUUAUCUAGGAUUCAAAUUGCCUUGUAAGAAAUUGAGACACCUUGAAGUAUGCACAAAUGAAUCUUUUGGGGAUAUCGUUUGGAUUCCCCCUCCCCUCCCCUCCCCUCCCAUCCUUCUUCUUACCCCAAAUACUCUUUCUCCACCCCACAUACAAACUUUAUAUCUGAGGUGAAGUCCCUCCCUUCUGCUGUUAAAAUCUUUUCUUGGCCCUUUUGAGACUAAUUAGAUUUGCUCAUUAAGUCCAGUUAUGUGUCUACAAGGAUCUCCAGGUCUGUCCGAACAAACAGUAUUUUUUAAUUUUAGUUUGGUAUAUGCUAAUAAUUAUUACUAUGAGGUUCAUGGCCCCCCUCUUGAAAAUUUUCUUUCUUUUUUUCUUAUUUUUUUUCUUAGGAUAAGUGAUGAAUGUCCUGUGAAGAAGAGAAUGGUGUAUGGUUCUGUAAAAGAUGCCUUAACAAGGAAGUUAGAGGGGACAAAGUCCAUUCAGGCCAAUGAUAAGGGAGAUUUAGAGUUUGAUUCAGUUGUUACAGUCUUUAAAUAAAUAGACAAAUCAAACAUUGAGUAAAAGUUUAAUCUUUUCUCCAAGUAUUGUCUUUAUUAAAAGAAUGUAACUGUGAUUUUCACCAUUAGGAACAAAAUUAAUGAAAUAAUAAAGCAAAACAAGCUUAUAUCAGGCACCAAAAAAAUCCGUUUAUGAUACGUGAUGUCUCUUCCUUUCAUUACCGCACAUACACUCUGUUAGCAUGAAAGAUUUCUCUUCUAAUUUUGAUAGCUGAACGUAAAAAGGAUAAACAAGAUUUUACAUAGUAAGAUUCUUGACAUAAUUAUUUACAAUUUAUAAUUGAACAGUCAAAAUAACAGGUGAUUGUUUUUGCUGGUAGUGAAAAGCGUGUAAUACGCUGGUAUGCAAAUAGCUGCUUUUAGAACAAACAUAGCAAGGUAACAUGGGUACCGUAACUCAAUGUCAUGUAUGUCUAUGUAAAUUAAAGCUGAUUACUUUUGUAUCUUUGGAAAUUCUGUUUGUUUUGGUGUUUGUUUUUCUAUUAUCAUGCAAUGGAUCUUGUGCAUAUCUCAUCACCUAAUUAGAAUUCACCAUCAAGUGUUGUUUGUUAUGGCCUGCACAGAGCUCCUCGACCAAUUCUUAUAGAAUAGACCUCCCAUGGUUUGUUUGUUUGUUUUUGUUUUUGUUGUUGUUGUUUGCUAGGAUAGGAAUAAGCCUCCCUUGUUUAUAGGCCCAUCUACCUGUAAACAAAAAAAAUAACAUUUAAAUAUAAGCCCCUGGGUUUAAGCCCCC